AUGGAUGGCCCUGCCCUCUGGUGGUUUCAAGGGGCGCUUCGUGUCACUCAAUUCACUACCUGGCCGGAUUUCACUCAAGGUUUGGAGAGUCGCUUUGGGAUUUCCAAGUUCAAGGAUCCUCAGGACACUCUUCCCAAACCCACACAGUCGGCCUUACUCGCAGACCAACAAUCUCGAAUUGAAGCUUCAAAAAACUUGUCUCCACCAAUUUUAAGUAGUCAUUUCAUUUCUAGACCUCGAUCCGACAUCCUUAGUGAGGUAUUGGCUCUCCAAUCAAGUUCUAUGUCUCAAGCAGUUGGUCUCGUCCAUCACCAGGAAGAGAAAUUCCUUGAGGUCAGUCCCCCUGCACUCCGAACUGGCAUACCCACCGUACCUCAAGCACCAUUUCUCCUUUCACUAGCACUUCCACCAUCCACAGACACCCAAUCUUAUCCUCGGAUCCCGAAAUCCCUCGAAGUCGGUCGCCCUGUGCUCCAAACCAGCAUACACACCAUACCUCGACCACCACUUCCCCCUUUUAAUUCAUGGAUCACGAUCCAAUAUCCGACUUCAAUAGAGAUGCAUCCCUAUCGAGAGAAAGGCCUAUGCUACAAUGAUGUUGAAAAAUUCGCCGCUGGCCACAAAUGUAAGCCUCGCCAACUAUUUUUGCUUGUAUACGAGGAUGAUGCCCUAACUACAAAUUUGUUGGGUGAAGACUCCUCCCCUGGCCACAGAUGUAAAUCUCGCCAGCUAUUUUUGCUUCUGUAUGAGGGUGAUUCCCCAACUACGGAUCUAUGGGGUGAAGAUUCAUCAACAUAUGCCGAACCUUUCAUUUCGGUCAACUUGAUUUUGUAUCAUGCCAUGUCUGGCCACUCUUCCCCUUCGACCUUGUGGUUGUCACAGACUAUCGUUGGAAAUCCGAUGCAAGUUCAGAUCAAUGGUGGCAGCGUCGACUUUGUCCAAGGCCGGGCCGCCCAAUGCCUUGGUCUUGUUAUUGAACCCGCUCCCAAUAUCAACGUUUUGGUUGGCAAUAGUGAUUGCAACAGCAAAGGGAUUGAGAGAAACCUCCCAGAAAUUUUAAGAAAUGAUCUUCAAGUGCCUUGUCAAAGAAGGGAUGUAAGCCAGCCAACAACUCAUGAAAAUUGUUUUUGUGUUGGAUUCAAGGGAUCCUAUGUUGGGAGAAAAGCUGAGAAAUAUUUUAUCAAUAAUCACUCAGGCUUCAGAGUCAUGUAUCACAAGAACCUUGAGACUGCUUCUGCUUGCAUGGUUGGCUUUGAGGUUGCUCCAAUCAGCAUCACUCAUUUGGUAAGAGACACCAAAAAUAUAAUUAAAGGUAAGAAGAUGGUAUUUACACGUGAUGUUUCUUUCAAGCUUAGUGAAUUCAAGUGGGCAACUCAUUGGGACACCUAUCUCCUUAUGAAUGAUGAUCAAAUCGAUUGGUUCUCCAUUAUCAAUUUUCUGAUGAUUUUCCUGUUCUUUUAUGAUAUAAGAACUCUUUGUAGAGAUAUCGCCAACUAUAAUCAGUCCGAGACCAAGGAUGAAGCCCAAGAGGAAACGGCAGGGUGGGAGCUUGUCCAUGGAAAUGUUUUCAGGCCCCCUGUCAAUUUUGGUUUACUUUGUUUCUAUGUUGGAACAUGGGUCCAGAUUUUUGGAAUGACACUUGUUCCAAUAAGUUUUGCAUUACUGGGUUUCCUAUCACCUUUAAACCGAAGGCGGCUUAAGACUACCAUGGUUCUCUUGUGGGUUUUUAUGGGUUUAAGUGCAGGUUAUUCAGCUCAUUGGUACAAGAUGUUCAAGGGAGGAAAAUGGAAGAGAAAUACUUUGAAAGCUACAUUCAUUUUUCAUGGUAUACUCUUUGCAAUCUUGUUUGCGUUGAAUGCACUCAUAUGGGGAGAGCAGUUUUUUGGUGCGUUGCCCUUUGGUACCAUGUUUGCUCUUGCAUUCUUAUGGUUGGGUAUAUCAGUACCAUUGGUUUUUGUGGGUAACUAUUUGGGUUUCAAAAGCCCAGCUAUUAAGGACCCAACGGAGAUAAAUAAGAUCCCAAUAGAGAUAACAAAGAAGGCCUGGUACAUGAAACCAGCCUUUUCUAUUCUUAUUGGAGGCAUACUUCCCUUUGGAGCUGUGUUUGUUGAACUCUGUUUCAUCUUGACAUCAAUAUGGUUGAACCAGUUCUACUACAUCUUCAGUCCCUUGCAAGCCUCAGACAAUGUGGGCAAGGUCGCGUGUAAACUAGACUUAUCGGCCAUGGCAAAAAGUUGCCUCAAGCAACGGGAUUGCGAGGUAAGACAUGUUCUAGUCCACUGGGGUGGUUUACCUUGGAAGAGGCUUAAUGGGAAGACAUUACGUUCUUCAUCGUCGCCCCACUCGAACCUUGAGGACAAGGUUCUUUUGGAAGAAGAUGGCAAUGUUACGACUCAGCAUGACAUGGAGCAGUUGAUGAGUAACACUUUUGCCACGACAGCACCCCACUUGGCAAGGAGAAACAUGCAAACCUCAUAA